AUGACUUCUGUAUUUGCAGUGUUACUGGUAAUGCAUGGCUUGUUUGUGUCAGUACAGGGAUCAGGAUUUACAUGGUCUUCAUGUAAUUCCAACCCGGUCAUAGUCAUGGAAACUAUAGUGGUGACACCUGACCCCGUUGAAUUGCCAGGCACGCUCAAAUUGACACUGCGUGGGAACACGACAAGACCAAUCAACAGCGCUAAACUGUCAAUUACCCUGCAUCGUGAUACGUUUCUUCUCAGUGUCCCCAUUCCGUGUCUGUUACACUUAGGAUCAUGUGAAUACACUGAUCUCUGCACACUUUUGGAUACCAUGAUCUCUGAAAACUGGGCGACGAUUACAACAGACCUUGGUACACAGGUGAAAACCAUGCUUUCAUCAGCUGGCAUCAGCUUCAACCCAGGUCUAUGUCCACUUCCAGUCUCGCAGCUUGAUCUCAACAAAUACCCUCUCAAUCUCCCAUCAGUUCCAUCAGUUCUCAGCUGGCUAGCAUCAGGUGACUACACAAUAAAGGUAGAAGUUGUCGACUCAACCAACAAUGAAAACUUGAUGUGUCUGAAUCUAGGAAUCACCCUGACAAAAGCAUCAGAAUGUACGGGAUGGCUGUGUGGCCGAAGGAAAAGGGACAUUCUCAAAAACAAAAACUAA